AUGCAUAGGGAUAUCGCUUGCCGAAAUUGUCUUAUUGAUGUGAAGAAAAACAUUGUGAAGAUAUCUGACUUUGGGGCAUCGAAGCAAGCUGAAUUUUACAAAAUCCCGGAGACAGAAAAAAUACCAAUAAGAUGGCAGGCUCCUGAAGUUGUCCUAACACGAACGUAUACAAUGGAGAGUGACGUCUACUCAUACGGAAUACUUCUUUGGGAAAUAUUUAAUAACGGCGAAACACCAUACAAAGGAGUUGAUAAUAAAGAAAUCAGAUUAAAGGUAGCUAACCCGAAAUACCGACCUCGUGUGGACGACACUCUUCCAGUUCUGGCGAGAAGGGUCAUGAAAGCAUGUUGGCGAGGGAAUCCGAAAAAAAGGCCAAAGAUGUCGCAAGUGGCACACUAUCUCAUUCAUGCUCCAGAAAGCUUGUGA